AUGAGCGCUUCAUUCCCCCGCCAAAGACAGCGACUUUUCCAUCUUCUCCACCAAAGCCCCGCCGUCUUCUCCUCCCAGAAGCUCCUUCAAAUCCAGGCCCAGCUCACCACCACCGGCCUCCUCCACUCAGACCCCUCAUGCCUUCUCUCACUCCUCGACCUCUCUCUCUCAACCCCUUCAACUCUCCACCACGCCACCGCCUUAUUCACCCACGCACAAACACCCAAUGCCGCCGCAUGGCCCGUCAUGGUCCGCCGGCUCAGCUUAGAUGCCGACCCUUCUCGGGUUUUCGCUUUAUUCAAAGAAAUGCAGAGGCUAAAACGUAAUGACCCAGUUUGUGAUCCUUAUGUGUUUGCUUCUUUGAUCAAGGGUUGUAGCAAAUUAUCCGCUUUUCGGGAAGGGAAGUCUGUGCAUUGCCGAGCUGUUAGGAUCGGUUUGGAUUGUAAUGUGAAUUUGUUGAACAGUUUAGUUAGUUUUUAUUCGCGUUCGAAGAGUUUGGUGGGAUGUGCUUGCAUUGUGUUUGAUAGAAUUCCUCAGAAGACUGUUGUGACAGUAAAUUGUAUGCUUUCUGGUUUUGUGAGGAACAGCUUGUUUGGUGCGGCGUUGGAUUUGUUUAACCGAGUUUUGAGUUGCGAUUUUGGUUUGGGAUUGAAGCCGAAUUAUGUUACUUUGGUUGUUUUGACUUCAGGGUGUGUGGAUUUUGAUGAGUUUAAUGCGGGAAAGGCACUUCAUUCAUACUGUUAUAAGGCGGGUUUGGAUUUGGUAAACGAGGUUUGUAAUGUGCUUAUUGAUUUGUAUUCGAAGUUUGUGCAUAUAGAUGAAGCUGGAAGGAUGUUCGAUGAGAUGCCUGAGAGGGAUUUGGUUUCAUGGAAUACCAUGAUUGCAGGAUAUGCUGGAGUUGGUGAUUGUAGAAGAGCUUUCUUUUUGUUUAGAGAAAUGAACGCUGGGGAUGUUGGAUUCGAUAGAGUAUCGCUGAUAAGUUUGAUUUUGGCUGCUUGUAAUAGUAGAGAUCUUGGUAUGGGGAAGAUGAUUCACGGGUAUAUGACAGCUAAUGGAACAAAAAUAACUGUAGCUAUUCGGACGGCACUGAUUAACUUGUACUCCAAUUGUGGACUAAUAGCGUAUGCUAAAAAAGUAUUGGAUGAAGCACCGGAUGACAACAUUGCAUUGUGGAACUCUAUGAUCCAUGGAUAUGUCGAAUGCUGUCAUAAUCAAGAGGCAUUGGGGCUCUUCAGUCAGAUGCAGUCUAAAAAGCUAGAGCCAGAUGAAACAACAAUGGUAGGGUUAAUCUUAGCUUGCCGAAACUCAGGGGAUUUGUCUAAUGGAUUCGACAUUCAUUCUUACAUAGAGAGUAGUAAUCGUCAUCAAGGGAGUAUUGUUCUGCACAAUGCUCUUAUAGACAUGUAUGCAAAAUGCGGGAGCAUGACCCAAGCUAAAGUUGUGUUUGAUAAGAUGCCACGGAAAGACGUUGUUUCGUGGACUUCAAUUAUAGUUGGUCAUGCCAUCAACAGUGAAGGAAAGGAAGCGCUUCUUGCUUUCCAGAGAAUGUGUGCUGAGAAAGUUGAACCAAGCUCAGUUACAUUCAUCAGUGUUCUAUCAGCGUGCGAUCAUGCUGGUUUGGUUGAUGAAGGUCUGAACUUGUAUAACGCAAUGUGCAAGUCUUACCAUAUCAAGCCCACAAUUGAGCACUGCGGAUGCAUGAUUGAUAUGUACGCACGAGCAGGAAGGCUAGAGGAGGCCUACAAGUUUGUGAAGAGUAUGCCUGUAGAGCCAAAUGCAGUUGUUUGGAGGAUGUUGAUUAAUGCUUGUAGAGUUCAUGGCGAUUUUGAUAGGGGAUUAUGUUUGGUUAGUGGAUUCACAGAACUAAAAACACUGCAUCGUGGUGCCGAAGAUCAUGUAACUUCUUCCAACAUUCUUGCUGAUGCAGGAAGGUGGGACGAUGUUCUAAAUGAAAGAAGCUUGAUGGCGACGAGGAAAGUGACGAAAGUCUCAGGUAAAAGCUCCAUUUCAGAUUUAACAGAGUGA